AUAGUAAUAAGAAUAAUGAUGAUAAUAAUGAUAGUAGCAAUAGUAAUAACAAUAAUAAUAAUGAUAAUAAUAAUAAUAGCAAGAAUAGUGAUAACAAUAGUAAUAAUAGUGAUAGAAAUAAUA